AUGCAAACGCAGGUUAGUGUUGAUGUCGUCAGUGCGCAGACGACCAGGGUGACAUGGAUAAUCCCGGACAACAUUGAAUGUGAAGGCGCUCUCCUCCACUUCAUUUUGGAGGUCAACUCCACCUACGAUUCAUCUCAAAUUAUAAAAGUCGAGAAGAAUGCCACAAGUUGCGCGCUUAUUGAUUUGAUGCCUGGUGUCGAGUACUCAGUUAGAAUAUGUGCCAGCAACAGAGCUGGCCUCGGACGGUACUCGAAAGCCGUUGUUUUUCGCAAUAAGGGACAACAGCGUGAGCUGGAUAUGGAGGCCUUCGAACCCACCGAAUUCCCCCCUUACGACUUUGAUGACGACCAAGAGGGCCUGCCGGAGACUGAAAGCGAGGGAUUCAACUUCAACGUCCACAACUUCCUUAUUCCAGAAGAGGUAAGUGUCUUCGGCGCCUUCUAA